CCCUUCAAGCCACAUCCCGCCAGUGGCAGCGCACCAAUAAGCUGGGACACAUUUUCCUCGGAAAACUUGUGUCUGGGAGCUGCAUGUUGGCCAUCUGCGGAUUGCCACCAUAAUGUUGGGUACUGUGAAGAUGGAAGGUCACGAAACCCCCGACUGGAGCAGCUAUUACAAUGACGCGCAAGAGGUAUAUUCACCCAUGACCAACACCAGCAUGAACGCAGGACUGGGUUCUAUGAACAGCAUGAACAGUUACAUGGGCAUGCCUACCAGUGGGAAUAUGACCUCAAGUUCCUUCAACAUGUCUUAUGCCAACCCCGGUUUGGGUGCAGGACUUAGCCCAGGGACCAUGGCUGGAAUGCCCACUGCCACCGGCGCGAUGAAUGGAAUAAGUGGUGGAGUACCACCCAUGGGCACCGCGUUAAGUCCCACCAACAUGAACGCCAUGUCGGCGCAACAAGCCUCCAUGAGCGCCCUGAAUCCGUACUCUAGUAUGAGUCCCACGAUGAGCCCCAUGACCUAUGCCCAAACCAACCUGAACAGGGCGAGAGAAAACAAAACAUUCAGAAGAAGUUACCCGCACGCCAAGCCGCCCUACUCGUACAUCUCGCUUAUCACCAUGGCUAUUCAACAGUCACCAAACAAAAUGCUCACCCUGAGUGAAAUCUACCAGUGGAUCAUGGAUCUCUUCCCGUACUACCGCCAAAAUCAACAAAGGUGGCAAAAUUCCAUCAGGCACUCGCUGUCUUUCAAUGACUGUUUCGUCAAAGUCUCCAGGUCGCCGGAUAAGCCAGGCAAAGGCUCAUACUGGACUUUGCACCCGGAUUCUGGAAAUAUGUUCGAAAAUGGCUGUUACCUCCGCAGACAGAAGCGUUUUAAGUGCGAUACUAAAAAGUUGUCAUCGACGAAGGGAGGCGAGGGGAGGAAAGACCAGACGACCGGUUCUGGUUCUCCUGCCAACGACAGCAACUCCAAGCCAGGGCACAUGGACACGAGUUCCAUUUCAAGCUCCAACCAGUCGUCCAGUCCCCACAGUUUGGACCGGAGCAUUAACCCCACAUCUGAACUCAAAAGCAGCGGGCCACCCUUGCACCCCGCCGCAGUGUCGGCCACGUCCCUGUCCUCACUCCCGUUGACCCCACAUUCUAUGGGCCACGAGACCCAGCUGCACCUUAAAGGGGACCCCCAUUACUCAUUCAACCACCCGUUUUCCAUUAAUAAUUUAAUGUCCUCAUCCGAGCAACAGCACAAGCUGGACAUGAAAGCAUACGAACAAGCGCUGCAAUAUUCAUCCUAUGGCUCAGGGAUGUCUUCCAGCUUGCCCCUCGGCAGUGCGUCUAUGGCCGGGAGAGCCACUAUGGACCCUUCGGCAUUAGAGGCGUCUUACUACCAAGGUGUGUAUUCUAGACCGGUCCUAAACACAUCUUAGUGUCCUUUCUUUUUUACCGAUCCGAGGACAGACAGAUUCAUUUUUAUUUGCUCUUAUAUUUUGUAUUAUUUUUGCAUGCACCUAGUGCAUAAAGGACUGUUACUUAAAAAAAAAUGUAAGGCUGUGUACAUGUAUUAUAAACUAUUCUGUAACGUGUUCCCAUUAAAGAUUGUAUAGGCCUACCUACCCCAGAUGAAAAUCAUCGCAAGUGUAUUUAAACCAACAAUUUUGAACCUUGUAAAAAAUAAUGUUGUACUUCCCCCCAACUUGUAGUCUCUAACGACGAAUGUGUCCAUGUGUUACAAUGUGCAUGAAUGAAGGUCAAUGUGCUGUUGUGGAACGCGUGCUGCAGGUAAAAAAAAACAAACAAAACCAACAUGAAAUGGAAACAAAAACAAAAGCACCUGUUGCAAGUGAUUUUUCAUGUUGUUCGCAUUUUGGAUUUUCGUUUUAUUUACCAUUCUGGCGAAAGCGUUUCAGUCCCAACCUUGUAUGAAAAUAACUUUAUUCCAACUUGGAACUAGAAAUAAAAUGUGUCUUACUUUAUGAAGCAAAUACUUUUCAGUGGUUGGUGACAUCUUUAAAGCAGGGAGUUGUAAUCUUGAAUUAAGGAGUCCUUUCUCGUUUUUGCUUCCUCCUUUUAUCUUUGCAUGUGAUUAAUUUAUUUCGUUCAAAUAAAAUCUGAUCACGGUA